AUCAGGUAGGUUCGCAGUAGAUCUCAAGAUCUCUUCAGUCGUAACUGAGACUAGCACGUGUAAAGAUCGAAAAGCGUGAAGACCGUGAACGCCUGUAGUUCGCCAUUUUCGUAAAUCGCGUGUGAUACUUAAUUACGUGUGACGCUUAAUCGCGCGUGAUAUAUAUUUAUACGUCUCAUUAUUAAUUCAUUUAUUACAAAUCGAUAAUAUAAGUAAUAAUACGAGUGAACAAUGAAAAAUAAGAAAAUGUCGCAGACCAUUCCGCCUUCCACUUCAAUAUCCACGCGCUAUAAUUGCCAAUAUUGUUCAUACGGCACCAAUAGGCGUGAUUUAUUGAUGCGCCAUGAAAUGAUACAUCGGGAGGACAAACCCUUCUGGUGCCAUGAAUGUGAGAAGUUCUUCAGUCGUGCUGACCACGUGAAGAAGCAUGUUGCUCGCAUGCACCGUGGGAGCACUUACGAUCCCACAAGAAUAAGAAGACUUCUGGAGCCGGCCACACAUAAUCAGAUUGAGGCACUGGGGCCUAGCAAUAGCUUAAACGACCCACAGCAGCGACAAAGCGUUGAUUAUCAGCCUUUCACUGACACCAGGGCAUAUCAUUUACAACCAACUCCGGGAACGAGAAACGAAAUGUAUCAAGCGCCCACUAUGCAAAAUAUUGCUAGCGGGAUUUCGUUGUUCGAACCAGGUAGCACCAGAAGGGGGCAGUACAGUGGAGGUCACAAUGACAGUCACACGAAAAAUAAUUCAAAGACCGAACGAAGUUCUGUUGUUGGAGACUGUACGCCACCUGAGCCGCCCGUUUUUCCAGCUCUAGCCCAACCAAUAGCGCAACCUUGCUCCAGCGCCGAGGUACAAGCGACAAAUAUUUAUCUCAGCUUACUUGAGUACCUUCAAAUAUCAUGGAGGCAAUAUCAAUUGAUAAGGGAGAUUCAACGAAUGCUGCACAACACGGGGAUUUUGCCAGAUAAUACGCAAAAUGAAGAAUCGCAGGAUUCAGGGUUGCAAGAGCCAAUCGGUACCUAUAUGACACACACCGCUCCAAUUCAACGUCUACAUGGUCAAAACUAUGAAACCGAGACGCAAGAACGAACAAGACGACGGAAGCAACUACACUCGAAGAAAGUGGUGCGCUGUGAACUCUCGGAAUCGAAUGGUUCAAUUGAAAAUUGGUUGUGCACUGUGGACUCAUCCAAUUCACCGCCACCUGUGGCCACCGAAAUUGGUACAUUCAAAGCGAAGGUAAACUUUAAGACAAACAAUGUACAGUCGAGAAAAGUGUCAUUGAGAUUGUUCCGAUACAUUCUGUGCCAGAGACAUGGCCACGCGAGGUACAGUCUACGAAGGUUAUACAUUGUAUCACAUUCGCUUUGUUGUUAUUACACAAACUGUGGCGUCACAGAUGUCGAGUGAAAUCGAAACAAAAUCCUGCGUCCACUCUAAUCAUGUCAUCGUUUCUCUCUUUGAUCACACUGAAGGCUAUUUUCGUUGCCAGGCUGAAUUACAAUUAUUACAGAUAAUAUUGUCCAAGCGCUGGUAUCUUGACUUUGCGAAUCGAGUUUGUCGAUCAUAAUUUUUUCACGAAAUAUAUUCUUUCCUAACUUAUAGACUUAUGUUCUGUCGAUAUUUUUUAUUUAUGGAUCGACAUGUUGUUCGCUAAUUCCGUCCGUUUACUUUAUGCAACAACUGCUUCAACAAUUGUUGACGUGAAGAUGAAUUUCAUACCUCCGAAAGAUGUUUAUACCUGUGAUGAGGAAAACUUUGUAAGAUAUUUUUCUUCGUAAGAUUAUAAGGUAGAUCGAUUCGUAUUUUCUCAUUAUGCGAUAUGUGUAACACGUUCGUUACUUGCGCAUAUUCUCAUAAGAGAUAAGCGUCACAAAAGAAAGCGAUCAUUUUUCUUUCAAUGUCUACAUAAAUGAAAUAUAAAUUUAUUUUACACAAUUGCAUAAAAAAUACAUAAACUGGACUGUAAAGAAGAUUUUCCAAAUGAAGUAGCGAACGUGACGAACUAGUAGAUAACUUAAUAGAAAAUAUGAAAAAUAAAUAUAUUUAUUAUUUAAUUUUACUCUACUUUUAAAUUUAAUUUCUUUAAUGUCUUGAUGGAAUUUAUAUUUGAAAUCGUGUAAGGUUUAACGAUGUAAUCAGUGUGAGAAACAAGAAGAGUGGUUUUAGCGAACAUGGAACAAAAAUGAUAACACAGUAAAAACGGAUGCGAUGGAAGUAAAGAUAAUCAACAGAAAAUUACUGAAAUAUUUCAAUUGAUUAGUCAUCGGCUUUCGAUCGCCGUGUUCUUGCAUACAUCGCAUGAAUUCUAUCGUAACUGAAACACGCAGCUAUAUUUAUUAUUGUCGGGAUGAGAAUUGCAUGAAAUAUAUAAUAAACAUUUCUAUUUUGUGUCUUACUCUGCGUUACAAUUUAGAAAAAUAUCGUUUAAUGCAUUAACGAUAGAUAACAAGUUUACAGUUUGUCAGAAAGUUAAAUUCUAGUAAUUAUAACAGUCUUUCUUGAAUUGCAUCGCAUGAGCCAAAAACAAUAGCUGCUUACGUUUCAAUUACGAUAAAAUUCAGCAAAUACACUAUUCAAUCAAUUUACCUUCCAUGAGAUGGAAAGAAUCUAGAUUAGAAAGAAUCUAGUAACGAGGUUACUUGCAGGUAUUUCAAAUACCAAAGAUCGAAUUAGAUUUUUUGCAAUUUAUUGAUGUAUUGGACCAAUCAAAAAAUAUUAUUCGGCUAUCAUUUGAU